AUUGUGGGUUUAAUAUCGCUCCAUCCAUGUUCCUUCCGCCAUGAUUCUUCUCCGGUCCUCGUUGCUGAGGUCUGGAUUGGCGCGAGAUCCUGCUCGCCUAUGUUCCCAAUGCUUCUCACGACUCUCACCAUCACGGCGACCCGUCGCAGUCCGCAACUUCCUCUCCUCCUCUCGGCUGCGGGCUGGCAUUGCCGAUCAUGAAUCAACCCCCUCGACUAUUCAAAAGACUUAUUUCUCUGCCAAUCGGACAGUAGAUGGCUCCACGGACAAAGGUGGCUUACUAGCGUCCUUAUCCGCCGUCAAUAGCUCCCCUCGAAGUAUUGCCGACAAUGCAUUUUCACAGGAUGCGGCCGGUUCGGAAAACCGAACUCCCCCUGAUGCCUCGUCGCAACUGUCCACCCUCUCAUCAGCCCUCCCUGCGACUUCCCUGCGCCGCAAGUUGGCCGCGUUUCUCGCCCUCACGAAGCCUCGUCUCUCGUUCCUGAUCGUAUUGACGACUACCUCCGCAUAUGGGAUGUACCCGAUCUCCUCUCUUCUCACACUUGACCCUUCAAUGACUCCUCUACCGACCCUCUCGACCUCAACCUUGACCUUUCUCUACCUGACCGCAGGAACCUUCUUGUCUUCAUGCAGCGCUAAUACCUUGAAUAUGCUCCUUGAACCUAAAUACGACGCCCUCAUGUCACGGACACGGAACCGGCCGUUAGUGCGCGGGCUGCUGUCACGUCGUGCUGCGGUGUUAUUUGCGAUUGCGACUGCUGCUGCAGGCCUCGGUUUGCUAUACAUUGGAACGAACCCUACGACUACCGCGCUCUCCGCCGGUAAUAUCUGUCUCUAUGCCUUUGUGUAUACACCACUGAAGCGUAUAUCCGUGAUCAACACCUGGGUAGGCGCCGUGGUAGGAGGCAUUCCUCCGUUGAUGGGUUGGACCGCCGCGGCAGGCCAGACAGCAACCACCGGCCACGACAGCUGGCGGGAUAUGUUGUUCAGCAAGGACAGCAUCGGUGGCUGGCUCCUCGGUGGCGUUCUCUUCGCAUGGCAAUUUCCCCAUUUCAAUGCUUUGUCCUACAUGAUCCGCGAGGAGUACAAGGCAGCGGGGUACAGGAUGCUCGCUUGGACUAAUCCCGCUGCAAAUGCCCGUGUCGCACUACGAUAUUCCAUUCUCAUGUUUCCAUUCUCCGUCGGUCUCUGGUGGGUCGGGGUUGUCGGUAAUGGCUUCCUAGUUGGCAGCACCGUUGCCAAUGGCUGGCUAGUCAAAGAGGCCUACAAAUUCUGGCGGCAUCAGGGCGCCAACGGCAGUGCUCGAAGCCUCUUCUGGGCCAGUAUUUGGCAGCUGCCAAUCCUCCUUGUCGGUGGUCUGGUCACGAAGAAAGGUCUCUGGGAUGGUGUUUGGAACAAUAUUUUCGGCCAGCCUGUGGAAGACGAGGACGACUAUCUCUACGAAGCUGAGGAUGAAGUGGCAGAGGUGGAGCGCAGGAUGAUACCUGCGAAGACGAGGAGCUCGUGA